AUGAAACAGUCGUUGUACCGCUGCCAAAACACCACCUUGGUGGAGAAGGGCUACUCCGCGUCGAUGGGCUGGGUGCUCUUCAGCGCGGGCCUCCUGGGCAACCUGCUGGCCCUGGGGCUGCUGGCGCGCUCGGGGCUGGGGUCGUGCUCGCUCCGCUCGCCGCGCUCGCCACCUUCGGUCUUUUACGUGCUUGUGUUCGGCCUGACCGUCACCGACUUGCUGGGCAAGUGCCUCGUGAGCCCCUUCGUGCUGGCGGCCUAUGCGCAGAACCGGAGCCUGUGGGGGCUGGCACCCACUCCGGGCAGCUCUGUGUGCCAAGCCUUCGCCUUUAUCAUGUCCUUCUUCGGCCUCGCCUCGACGCUGCAGCUCCUGGCCAUGGCCCUGGAGUGCUGGCUCUCCCUGGGGCACCCUUUCUUCUACCAACAGCACAUCACUCUGCGCCGGGGCGCGCUGGUGGCGCCCGUCGUGGGUGCCUUCUGCCUGGCCUUCUGUGCGCUGCCCUUCGCGGGCUUCGGGAAGUUCGUGCAGUACUGCCCCGGCACCUGGUGCUUCUUCCAGAUGGUCCACGAGGAGCGCUCGCUGUCGGUGCUGGGCUACUCAGUGCUCUACGCCAGCCUCAUGGUGCUGCUGGUACUCGCCAUCGUGUUGUGCAACCUGAGCGCCAUGCACAACCUCUACCGGAUGCACCUGCGGCUGCGGCACAAUCGCUCGGUCACCAGGGAACGCUCGGAGCCCAGCGCCGGGGAGAAGGAGGCGUCCCCGCCGCCCCUGGAGGAGCUGGAUCACCUCCUGCUGCUGGCCCUCAUGACCGUGCUCUUCACUGUGUGCACCCUGCCUUUAAUUUACCGCGCUUACUAUGGAGCGUUUGUCUCCAAGGAAAACAGAAUGUCUGAAGAAGCUGGAAACCUCACGGCCUUGCGUUUUAUGUCUGUGAUCUCCAUUGUGGACCCUUGGGUUUUCAUCAUUUUCAGAACAUCAGUAUUUCGGAUGUUUUGUUACAAGAUUUUCAUAAGGCCGCUUAUGUAUAGAAAUUGGCACGGCAAUUCCUGCCGAACUAACACUGAAUCCAAUCUGUGA